ACCGUCAUAAGAGCAGAUACCCCACAAGCUCGUCCAGUCACACAUGCGUCUUUCCGCUUUGCUCCUGUCGCAUGACUCUUCGUUUAGUUUGUCUUCUUGCGAGAGAGCAUUUUGAGUAAGACGUUCGCGCACGAGACGCAGCGGGAACAGCCGAUACAAGCCGAAAAGAUGGAAAUAAAUGGUAUCGCUGUAAAGCAAGGCAUGGAGGGGGAUGAGGACCUCAGUUUCCUGCUGACGGGGGGAGAGCUCCUGAAGGUGCGAUCCAACUCCUGGAAGAAGAGCCGUUUCUUCAAGCUGCAGGAGGACUGCAAGACCGUGUGGCACGAGUCACGCAAGAGCAGGAGGAGCAAUCAGACGUUCUCCAUUGACGAUAUCGCAGAGGUGCGGCCCGGACGGCGUACCGAGGAGCUCCAGAAGUACACGGAGGAGCCAGCGGAAGGCCGCUGCUUCUCGAUCGUCUUCAAGGGUCGUCGAAAGAACCUGGACCUCGUGGCAGGCACUGAGGAGGAGGCUACCAAGUGGGUGAGCAGCCUGGAGAAGGUCAUCAACAACGUGCGCAAUCUCAACUCUCAGCAGCAGACUGAGCACUGGAUCUUCAAUUGCAUGCGCAAGGCAGACCAGAAUUCCGACAACAAGAUGAGCCUGAAAGAGCUGAAGCGCUUCUUGCUUGAGAUCAACAUUGAGGUUGAUGACACCUACGCAGAAAUGCUUUUCGAGAAAUGUGACAAAUCCAAGUCAGGAUACCUGGAGGGCUCUGAAAUCGAAGAUUUCUACAAGCUACUGACCUCCCGGGAGGAGAUAGAUGUCAUUUACGGGAAGUACGCCCAGACUGGAGGCCAGAUGACCACCAGGGACCUUCUUCAUUUCCUGCUUCAAGAGCAACGAGAAUCUGUCUCCCUAGAAGAUGCCCAGAAACUCAUAGAGAAGUAUGAGGUUGACGACAUAGCUAAAGAGAAGCAACACAUGACCAAAGACGGAUUCUUGAUGUAUUUGAACCAGCCGGAGGGUAUGAUCUUAAACCCUGCCCACAAGGAUGUUUACCAGGACAUGACCAGACCCCUGAGUCAUUACUUCAUCUCCUCCUCCCACAACACCUACCUAAUGGAAGACCAGCUCAAAGGGCCCAGCAGCACAGAGGCCUACAUACGGGCUCUAACAAAGAGCUGCCGUUGCGUGGAGUUGGACUGCUGGGACGGCAGUGAAGGCGAGCCUGUUAUUUACCACGGAUAUACGCUCACCAGCAAGAUCCUCUUCAAAGAUGUCAUCAAAGCUAUUAAAGAAUACGCCUUCAAGACUUCCGAGUAUCCGGUAAUCCUGUCCCUGGAGAAUCACUGCAGCAUGGAACAACAGAAGAUCAUGGCCGAACACUUGACUUCCAUUCUAGGUGACGCUCUGCUCACCAAGCCUCUGGGAGACCAGGUUCCCACCACCUUCCCAGCACUGGAGGAGCUGAAGGGCCGCUUCCUGAUAAAGGGGAAGAAGCUGAACAGCCUGGAGGACGCUUUCGCCGGUAAUGCAGCAGGCGAGGAGACCGUGUCUGAGGACGACGAAGCCGCAGACAUACUGACAGACGAAGAGAAGAAAGAGAAGGAGUCGAAGCUGAAGCUGGCAAAGGAACUCUCAGACCUCGUCAUCUACUGCAAGAGCGUGCAUUUCCACGGGUUCGACCACGCCAGGGACAAUCAGGCUUUUUAUGAGAUGUGCUCCUUCAAGGAGAGCAAAGCUGAGAAGCUGGCUGGAGAUUCAGCAAAUGAAUUCAUUCACCACAACGUGAACAAGCUCAGCAGAGUCUAUCCAUCAGGCUCAAGAACUGACUCCUCCAACUAUAACCCCGUUCCUCUGUGGGUUGCUGGCUGCCAGACAGUGGCCUUGAACUUCCAGACACCCUCUGCUGAGAUGGACCUUAACCAAGGGUUGUUCUUGCCCAAUGGAAAGACUGGCUACAUCCUCAAACCAACCUAUCUGCGGGACGAAGCGUCAGAGUUCGACCCCAUCACGCUCACAAGGGGACCCUGGCUGCAGCACAAGACCCUCCAUGUCAUGAUCAUCUCAGCUCAGCAGUUGCCCAAGCUCGGCAAGAAGGAGUCAUCCAUCGUCGACCCCCUUGUGAAGGUGGAGAUUUAUGGUGUGCAGCAGGAUGUGGCCAGCAAACAAACGCAUCACAUCGACAACAAUGGUUUCUCCCCCAUGUGGAACGAGAACUUCCAGUUUGACAUUUGUGUGCCUGAACUGGCCCUGGUGCGCUUUGUGGUAGAGGACUAUGAUGCUGUUACUCAGAACGACCUCAUUGGACAGUACACCGUGCCCUUCUCCAGUUUACAGAAUGGAUACCGACACGUGCCCCUGCUCAACAACAGCGGCGACAUCAUUCCCUCAGCCAGACUCUUUGUGCACAUCAUGGCCGUGGAUGGCGACUAGGCCCCGUCCACAGAGUCCCUUGUCUACGCGGUGUCUGAAGCGGCAGCCCAUUAAGCUUUAGUCAUACUGGACACGUUUUCUCUGUCGUUUUCCAGAAGUAAAAGGCAGCGUAAUAAUUUCUGUAGAAAACCUUGUUUAUCAUUUUUAUAUUUCUAAACUGGGGGUAUGAAAGAAUAUCCACAUUUGAAUAAUAAUUUCAAAGAGUAGCCUCUUUGAACAAUGAGAAUACAAGUUACAGGAAGCAGAUGAAGUCCUAGUAUCUGACAAGUUAGCACAUUAACACUAUGCAUUACCAUUUCUGGAUGCACACAGGAAAUACAGAUUUUACUGGAAAAUCACAUUACUGUUGAUCAUUUAUUCCGAUGCAUUAUACAGAUCCCAUUUUUCCAAAUUUCUUAAUGUUCACAAAUCUUCUGUGUAUUAUCAGUGUUGUUAAAAAAAGGAUAUUUAAAUGAUACUUAACUUGCGAUAUGCACUAUUUCUACUAAUAUUUUAGUGGGUUGUGUGUUAAAGGGGCCUCAACUCCUUCAGUACAGGAUGGAGGCAGUCUACAUUCAAAGAGUAUGGAUUGAUCUGUCCUGCUUUUGAAUAUUGCCUAUUCAUGAGUCAAUUUAUUUAGCCUGCAUAAAUGUAUUUAUCUGUAUUGAUGUACUUGAUCUACAGCAAUAAUGUACAGACCCUUUAAAUGAAUGACGCAAUCACUGGUCUUACCCACUGGGAGCAGACUUCAAAGCCCCAUGCAUUUCUGCGGUGUGGUUAACCUGGGAUAAAACAGGACUAGAUCCCCAUUGAACGAGUCUAGCUACUCAAUCGGGAAAUCAGCGAUUGAAAAAUCCAGCUCAUCUAGAAUCAAGGGCUCUGCAAAAUGUAGCCCAGAUAUCCAAUUCAGCAGAGUCACCUUGGUCACCCAUUUCACAUUCUUUCUACUGUGUGCACCCUCUCCUAUAUAUAGUACAUGUAUUGUUUUCUGAAAUAAACUGAUUUUGUAAGAAUAAAA